AUGGAGAGCAGGCGUCCGAGCUCCGUGCUUCUCUUGCUGGUGCUGCUGGCGGCGCCGCUCAUGGUGGCGUCGGCUGGCCCCUCGUCGCCGACGGCGUUCCUGGAGGACGACGUGGUCCUCGGCGCCGUGGCGAGGCUGGGCAAGGGCGCCAACGCCAGCGGGCGGGGCGGCGCCCGCUGCGACGUCGACGUCGACAUCUCCGCCGUUGUUGGCGGGCCGUCGCGCGAGCGCGGCGCGUCCGGGUGGAAGGAGGAGAUCGCGGGGCUGGCGGGGCGGCCGGAGAUGGCGGCGUGGCUGCGGCGGGUGCGGCGGCGGAUCCACGAGCGGCCCGAGCUGGCGUACGAGGAGGUGGAGACGAGCCGGCUGGUCCGCGAGGAGCUGGAGGGCAUGGGCGUCAGCUUCCGGUACCCGCUCGCGCGCACGGGCCUCGUCGCCACCAUCGGAACCGGCCGCCCGCCCGUCGUCGCGCUCCGGGCCGACAUGGACGCGCUGCCCAUCCAGGAGGCGGUGGAGUGGGAGCACAAGAGCAAGAACCCCGGGAAGAUGCACGCGUGCGGCCACGACGCGCACGUCGCCAUGCUGCUCGGCGCCGCCAGCAUUCUCAAGGCCCGCGAGCGCCACCUCAAGGGCACGGUGAAGCUUCUGUUCCAGCCGGCGGAGGAGUCCGGCGCGGGAGCGAAGCGGAUGAUCGAGGACGGCGCGCUGGAGGGCGUGGAGGCGAUCUUCGCCGUCCACGUGUCGCACCAGCACCCGACGUCCGUGGUCGGGUCCCGGACGGGGCCGCUGCUCGCCGGCUGCGGCUUCUUCAAGGCCCAGAUACUCGCCCGCCGCGCCGGCGCCGACCCGGUCCUCGCCGCCUCGUCCACCAUCAUCAGCCUGCAGAGCCUCGUGUCCCGCGAGGCGGACCCGCUGGACUCACAGGUGGUGUCGGUGGCCAUGGUCAACGGCAGCUUCAGCCUGGGCGGGGACCCGGCGGCGCCGCUGGUGCUGGGCGGCACGUUCCGGGCCUUCUCGAACGCGAGCUUCUACACGCUGCGGCGGCGGAUCGAGGAGGUGAUGACGCUGCAGCCGCGGGUGCACGGCUGCGAGGCCUCCGUCGACUUCUUCGAGAACCAGAGCUUCUAUCCGCCCACGGUGAACCACCCGCGGAUGUACGCGCACGUCAAGGCCACGGCGCGGACGCUGCUGGGCGACGCCGGCUACCGCGACGUGCCGCCGAUGAUGGGCGCCGAGGACUUCUCCUUCUACUCCCAGGCCGUACCCGCCGGGUUCUACUACGUCGGCGUGCGCAACGAGACGCUGGGGUCCGUGCACACCGGCCACUCCCCCUACUUCAUGAUCGAUCGAUCGACCGGAGUUGCGGUUGCGGGUUCAGUCCCGGGAGGGUGGCGGGAUCGACGUCGCGCGCGAGAGAACCGGUGGUUUUUGGCCGAUCACGCCGUGAUCUGGGCUGUCUUUUUCCCCCUCCGUGCUCGUGUUGGCUCUGAAACUUGCCGUUGA